CGAGGAUGACGCGUGUAUUUUCAAUACUUUCUCGUCAUCUCUUCCUUCAUGCAACACACUCUUGUUAGAAACGUCAAACAGCUGAGUGCAGUGUCUGAUUGCUUCUCGUUUUGUGGUUGUGGCUAGUUCAUUGUGUUCUUCUUGUAUCAGAAUAUCGAAAAUUAUUGUUAAAUAGUGUUUCGUUUAAAUAAUUAUAUAAACUUAAAGAAACAAGUUCAUUAUGAGUGAAUUAAGUCAAGAGGAGAUAAGAAGGCGACGGUUAGCACGUCUGGCUGCCUUGGGUGGCGCAGGAUCAAGUCCAUCACCUGCGAGCCCCCCAGUGACUCCAGGCGCAUCUUUGCCAUCACCUGACUUACAAAUUGCUCAAUUAUCGCGUCUCUCACCCGCCUCAACUCCACGAACUUCCACAGAACCUAACACACAUGAAGUAGCAAACACAAACAAAGAACCAAACUAUGAUGACGGUGUCAGUAAAAGUGAUGUUACAAAUCAGACAAAAAUACCUGCUGAUGGACUUAUUGUGACAGAAAAGACAGACAAUAACUUAUUGGAUGAAAUCCCUGAUACUAAAAUGGCUGAUCUUUCUCAAACAAGACAGUAUAACAGCUUUGAUUCAAUGGGGGAUGAUACAUUAUUGAGUUGUGGCUCUGUUAGAGUGGGUAGCUUGCCCCAAUCAACUGUUGGUGGUUCAGAGGGAACUUCGACUCGAGAAGAUAGUACUUCUAGAUCAAUAUCCCCAGCACAGUUUGCAGAACCUUCUCCUGUGAGGCCGAGACCCAGUAAUGUGUCACCUAGUUGUUCACGGAGGUCAUUGUCCAUGGAAGUUGAUGACUCGUCUGAAAGGAAUUCUCAGUCUGAACAACAACAAGAACCCAUGGAAGUAGAAGAUGACUCAUCAGCAUCUCCUGCUCGGAAGAUAUAUCGGUCGCGAACCGUCAGCUGUACUGAAUUGACUGAAGAACAGCUGCGGCAUAUUGUCGCCAAAAUUCUGCAAGUGUCAUGGUCCGAAGACAUACCUGGUGGAAUAUUUGUGCCAUCAGUUGCAGCCGCAUUGCUUGACAAUCCUAAAUUAAGUCUAGAUGAAUUGGCGUCAGAAGCAAUAAUGGACGUCAUCAUGCAACUAGCCGAUGGAGCGGAUCCAUUAAAUCAGAAACUGCUUGCAGUUUCGGAAACAUCUAAAAGACUAAGUGAAGAUUGUGGAGAUGAUUCAUUGACAAGUGGUCCGCUCGGAUCUGAUACGGACGCCGACAGAUCGGAUUGCCCGGCGCCAUCGUUACCACUGCCUAAAACAAUUCCUACACAGGGUCUCGUUGUUAGUUAUCUUUUAAGAUUCUACAAUAACAUUAAUCUUUACGAAAGAGAACAUCCAAAGAAAAGCUCCGAGCCUCCUUUGAGUGAUCUUUUACAAAGUUUGAGGACUUUGCUUGUGAAUAAUUUGGUGCUAGUGCUUCAAGGUCAAUUUGAACUAGAAAAAUGCAAGAAAUCACCAUUGCUGCCAUAUAUUUUAAACGGAAAUUCACCAUCUGGCUUAAUACCAGAAAUUCUACUAGCUACUUAUUUAGAUAAAGAAGUGUUUGAAGAGGUGUUUGUACCUCUUUUGAUGGGCAUUCGUGAAGAGAUGCGGCGCUGCGUUUCACCAACUGUAGGGCGAGGGCACGGUGCAGCGUUAAGAGCGUUGCGCUCAUUGUGCGACUUACGCGCUGGUCCGAGGCAUUCAGCUCGUCCCGUUUGUGCACUAAUCGCCCGGCUGCCAAGUUUUUGUCCCGCACCAGUGACUACCUCACCUGGUCGUGAAAUUGCUCGUGUGAGCUUCCUCGGUCCUUUCUUCGCUAUUUCCCUUUUUGCUGAAGAGAAUCCGCGACUGGCAGAACGUCUAUUUGCGACAGGUUCCGGUGAUCGUAGUCUCGCAUUCGCGCUACAACGUGAAGUGGAAGCGAGCCGGAACACUCUCCACAAUAUUUGUCACAAUAUUCUGCUAUGCCCUGAAGCGCGUGACCCCUUUCUCAAGUAUUUCGCUGCGAUACUACAGCGUAACGAGCGUCGCGCCCAGCUUCAAACGGAUGAGCGAUCUCUUGCAGGUGACGGGUUCAUGCUAAAUGUGUGUUCUGUGCUGCAGCUGUUGUCUGUGCGCAUUAAGCUUGAGCGUGUGUACCCAUUGUACACGUUUAUGCCAGGCUCAAGCACUACCAUCCGUGAUGAGACAAGACUCUACUACACCACACAAGAGGCAAAUGAUUGGCUCGAAGCACUCAAUAAAGACCCUAAUCAUAGAUGGCCCGAGUCCAAGUUCCAAACAAUCGGUUGGUUCCUCACACUCCACAUGCAUCACGUUGCUCUCAUUCCUGCUUUGCAUACGCAUCAACGUCGUAUAAGGGCUUUCCGUGAUCUCCAAAAAGUAAUUGAAGAGUUGAUGGCUGCUGAGCCGCAAUGGCGGAACAGUUUUUCUGCCUUGCGCAACGAUGAACUACUCACCAGGUGGCGCCGGCAAAUCAAACGUCUGCACAGAUCUAAACAGUGCGCAGAAACGGCCCUCUUAGACGGUGAAUUGAUGCGACGUAGUGUACAGUUCUGUGCGUCCGCGUGUGCGUUGUUGACGCAGCAGUUGCACGCGGCUAAGACGCAGUCUGGUCUCCAAGCGGCCGCUUUCCACGCGACGCCCGAGUGGUACGUCGAGGACAUUGCGGAAUUCAUGCUGUUCGCCGUACAAUACGUCCCUCAAAUAGUAGCAGACUACAUAGAGGACCCUAUUAUAACGUGGCUUCUCAGCGCCAUAUGCAACUCGCAUCUGAUCAAGAACCCUUACUUAGUCGCCAAGAUAGUGGAGGUGUUAUUUGUGAUCAAUUUAUCUGUCCCGUUGAAGCUGAAGAACGUAUACGAGAAGUUCAUGGACCACCCUAUGUCGCAGACUGCCUUGCCGAGUGCUUUGAUGAAGUUCUACACUGACAUCGAAACGACCGGCCAGAGCACAGAAUUCUAUGACAAGUUUACCAUUCGUUUUCACAUUAGCAUCAUUUUGAAGGGAAUGUGGGAACGACCUAUACAUAAACAGGCUAUUGUGAAGGAGUCACGUUCUGGACGGCAAUUUGUCAAAUUUAUUAAUAUGCUCAUGAAUGACACCACAUUCCUCUUAGACGAAUGCCUUACGUACUUGAAGCGCAUCCAUGAAGCUCAGGAAGGGAGCGGGGCAUCCAGCGGUGCAACAGCGGAGGCGCGCGCGCGCGCUCUUGCGCAAGAUGAAAGACAAUGUCGCUCCUAUCUUACACUAGCCAGAGAAACUGUCGACAUGCUGGAGUAUCUGACAGUGGAAAUCAAGGAACCGUUCUUGCGCCCGGAGCUGGUAGACCGGCUCGCUUCCAUGCUCAACUUCAAUCUGCAACAACUUUGCGGACCCAAAUGCAAAAAUCUCAAGGUGCGAGAGCCUAAGAAGUACGGAUGGGAACCACGCCGCCUGCUGAGCCAACUGGUCGACAUCUAUUUACAUCUAGACGCGCCGCAGUUCCACGCUGCUCUUGCUGCUGACGAGAGGUCAUUCCGGAAAGAGCUUUUCGACGAGGCGGCAAUACGACUUGCCAAAUCUUGCAUCAAGACGCCCAUCGAGAUCGACCGGUUCAAGACCCUCGCCCAUAACGCCUAUCAGAUUGCUGUAUCGAAUCAACAGAAAAGUGACGAGUUUGCCGACGCCCCUGAGGAAUUCAGAGACCCACUUAUGGACACGCUCAUGACUGAUCCCGUGUUCUUGCCAUCUGGAAAGGUGAUGGAUCGGUCUGUGAUACUGCGCCAUCUGCUCAACAGUGCUACCGAUCCAUUCAACCGACAACCACUGUCUGAGGAUCAGCUCCUUCCUGCGACCGAACUUAAAGAGAAGAUCAUCCAAUGGAAGCGUGAAAAGAAGAGAUCUCUUUCGUAAACAAUGUAGGCUAUUGACUUACAUUAUCUACAAAGUCUGAUGUAUAUAAUUGAAUACAACACUUAUAUAAAGACUAAAAUCUGGAUAUAUCCAGCAUUUUACGGACUAUUGUCCGAAUGCAUGAACGUGAGAUUAUUCUAAGUUUGUUACAUAGUGCGCAAGAUUCGUGCAAUGAAUGUUAGAAAUAGAAAAAAUUGAGAAUUAAUGUAGAGGGGAAAUCGUAACAUUAUACCAUGUAUCGUGUUCAGUACAUCUACGCUGAGUUUAUUUUCCAUGUGUAAACGACCGCACAGUAACUCAAGGUUCGCAAAUCUGCGUUAUUUAUAUAAUGCAGUCUCAUUUUUUCAACAUUCAGUCCCCUUUUAAGAUCUGUGAUUCUUUUUUGUUUGGAUGACAUUAUUUUAAUCUAAGUUUGAAACAUCAAAUAUUUAUAUUUAAAAAGAAAGCCGAUUGUAUUAUUAGACAAAACCAUAGGGAUUAUUUAAAACCACAUUGAAUGUCCUCCAUAUUUUAUAUGUAAAUGCAAUUAAUAUCGAAAAUGACUAGAUUACCAUAAUUACAAUUCGAAUUUUAAAUAUUUUUCCAACCAGGUAAUAGUGUUAGGCGUUGAGCUGGCGUUACAUUAGUUUCCCUGAUGAAGUAUGUCCAUACUUCGAUUAAUAUUUUAUCAUUAUAGUGACGCCAGUUUGUGUCAAUUGCAAAUUUAAUAACAAUAGUUUCAAGAUCUCUUUAAUGAAAUUUCUUUUCAAUAACUUAUUCUGAAUAUUUGUUAAGAAAAGUUAAUAAUUUCAUAUUACUUUAAUAACAACAUCACAAGAAGUGAUAAAGGGCCUAACACUUCAUAUUGUACCAGGUGCUCAUUAUGAACAUUGACCCCAAUAUCUGAUUAAAAAAACCUAUGCAUAAAUAGAAAUAAAUAUGAACGAGUGUUUUCUCCUUGCAUUUUUAGCAAUAUCUCCAUUGUAAAAUUCGCAAGCAAAUCAUGUUAAUUAUGUAUAUUAAAAUAUAAAAUAGGUCUGCAUUAGUUUGACUAAUGGUAUAAUAGAAAUUUAUCAACCCAUACUUUAAAAUUAAUAAAAAAUUGACAUAUGGAAUGUUUGAAAUGUUUUGUAUUUGUGAAAAAUGCGAAGAGUAUUUUAUGAAUUUGAUAUCUGUUCACAUAUGAAAUAGUGAUAUUAUGUUAGAUUUAUUAGCAACAUUAUUUUAAUUACAUACUAUAAUAUUGAUUAUGUGAUUUUGUUCCUUUUUACAUUAGUUAUCAUAUGAAAUGGAUUUCCAUAAUGUUUGUGUUUAGAAAAAUACUAUUCUUAAUAUCAAUAGCAAAAUAAUUCUCAACACAUUUAUGUAUAUUUUUUGUACUCUCAUAUAUCAAUAAAUAAUCACUGCCAAAACUGUCAGCGUAUUGAAAUAUAUAUUAUAUAUAUAUAUAUAUAUAGUAAAGCCAUUCCUUCCAUCAAGUUAAUUUCUUUAAAAUUAUGUGGUCUCACUUGUAUAGUAUAAUUUGGCUUGUAUUUAUCUUUAUAUUAUGAAGAUUAUAAUGCUAGAAGUCUCUUAUGUUAAUAAAGAUAUAAUGAUUAUGCAAUCUUUUUAUUUCUUUUCUUUUUAAAGUAAUUAUCUAUUUUUUGGUAGUUUGUCUCAUCUUCAUUGUAUAAUAAAGCUUAAGAUAACUAAAAACUACUUGCUAUUAUAAUAAGUUAAUGCAGAUUUAAGUAAAGAUCAAUUUUCUUAUAAGUAAAUAAAAACUAAUUAAAUAAAAGAUUUCAUUCAUAAUAAUAAAUAUGUAUUAUAAGCUUAACAUCACAUAAUACUUCUUUAUAAUAAAUUAUUGUCUUUACACUUAAAGUGAGAUUGUAUCCAUUAUCUUAUUAAUUAAUGUUUCUUUCUAAAAUAAUUAAAUACAUAAUUGGGUAUAAACACAAUUCACAAUUUUUAAUGUAUAGCAGCCCAAUGGUUCUA